UUAACACAAAGAUUGUCAGAAUUGUCAGAUUGGAAUGAAAGAAAACGUAAGAAAUGUGUUUAUGCAAGGUAUAAAAUAAUAAAUUGCAUGAACUAUAAAUUUUGAAAUACCAUCAUUGUCAGCAAAUUAAUUAAGUAGGUUACUUUUUAUAAGAAAUGAGUGAUUCAGACGAUGACAACGAUAACUUUGUACGCUACGGAACAGCUCUAGAACCUAUCGAAGAAGAUGAAGUGCCUACGAAGCGAAAGUUCCAGCAGGCUCCAGACCAGUACGCGGUGGACGAGCAUGGCAGGCGAAGGUUCCACGGUGCCUUCACUGGGGGCUUCUCAGCAGGAUUCGGUAACACCGUCGGAUCCCAGGAAGGAUGGAAACCUAGCAACUUUAAGAGCUCUCGGUCGGAAAAGGCUGCGUUUUCUAACCAACGUCCAGAAGACUUCAUGGACGAGGAGGAUCGCGGCGAGUUUGGCAUAGCGCCGCGACAGGUGCAAACACAGAGGGAGUUCUCUGGGCAGAAGCGGCAACAUCGUACCCAGUACCAUGAUGGUCCUAUACCGGGAGAACCAGUUCUCCAUCAGUUACUACGGCCGGUCCACGAGACGGCCGCGGUGCGCAUGCUCCGCGCCAUGGGCUGGAGGGAGGGCCAGGGUAUGGGCGAGCGACUCAGCAGCAGAGACAAGAAGAAGUCUAAAGAACAACACAAGGUCUAUGGGUGUUAUAUGCCGCCGGAGUUGAGACAGGCCCAAGAAGACCAAAGCAUGGAAGAAUCCGAAAGCUCAGAUUCUGAAGUGGACUUCGACACGCUAUUCGCGCCAGACGAUUAUGAACCUUAUAUCCUACAGCGUAAGAACGAUCGCUUUGGACUCGGCUACUCUGGUCUGAGCAGGCAUUCCGUACUUGGCAACUUAAUUGGCGAGUAUGGAAGUGAACCAGGGUCUUCUAAGAGUCAUUUGCUCAUGAAGGAUAAAGGGAAAAGGGUAUCCAUACGCGGCCAAGCGUUCGGUGUGGGCGCGUUCGAAGCGGACGAUGAAGAUAUAUAUGCGAAAGAAGAUAUGUCACACUAUGACUUCUCUCUAGACGGCCCUGUACAAACCAAGAAGAAUACACCGAAAAAAGAUAACCAGAAGAAUCGUAAUGUUCUAGAAGGAUUCGUGAAGUCUACCAAGCCGUUGCCCUCAGUGCCUACAUACCCACCACCCGCGCUACCUCGCGACUAUGUCCCGGCGGCGGCCGGAGCCAGGCGCUCCAGGUUCGAACCCACGACGCAACAACCUAGGGACCAAGGUCUAGGUCGCCACGAAUUAUCAGCGAGAGCAAGAGGCGAAUUGUUAGGAGAAACACCGUUACCCCCACCCCCACCAGAAACUCCAGUAAAAGACCAAAAAGACCUAACCACAGUACUUGGAAAGACCAUCAAUUUCGUUUCAACAGUAGAAAAGACUGAAUUAGACUACAUACCUAUUAAAGACUCAGGAAAAGAAAUCACAAAAGUAUUCAAGCCUUUCAUAGGAAAUCCGGAAAAACAGAAACGAUAUGAGAAAUAUUUAGAAAAUAAAGGAGUGUUAGAAAGAGAUGGAGAUAUGGAUAAACUACAGGAGUGGGAAAGAGAGAGGGAGCUGGUUGAGUUUGAACAGGCUGCUAAGUUGUAUAAGCCUUUGAGUGGCGUUAUGGGGGAUCGUUUCACCCACGCUUCCGAGCCAGAUGAUGCGGUUAACCCUUUAACGGCCGUCGCUAAAAGCACCAAUACCUAUGGUUUAGCCACCAAGGAACAAAUAGAGGCUGCCCAGAAAGGCAUGUAUGGAGUUAUGACUCGACAGACUGUCACUUGGAGACCAGACCCGCUUGUCAGUAAACGGUUUAAUGUACCUGAAAUUGGGGGUGCUAGGCAACAAGAGAAAAAAGAAGAUCGACCAAAAGUCUCUUACUCAAUAUUCUCAUACUUGGAGUCUUCAGUCCACGACAAGGACAGCUUCGCAGCCGAACAGAACAAGUUCAGCGGUUCCAAAUCACUAACAACUAGCAUUCUACCGAAAACUGAUAAAAAAGCUACCGAAACACCACAGAGUAGUACUCAAGUACCUCAAAAUAAUGACCCUAUAGUCCAAAGUACUGACACUAACGCUAAACCUACUACAAGUGCUUCGAUAACAAAAGAAACUGUAACAGGUUUCGCCAAAAGAAUGACUGUAGCAGAACUAUUCUUGAAAGAAUCAGAAAAUACCAAAAAGGAAGGGGCUGCAGUGACGGAUACUAUUCAGAAAUUCGAUAGAAUGGACCUCUACAAGUCCAUUUUUCUAAGCGACACCGAAGAUGAGGAAGACAGUGAAAAGAGUAAAGUUAACGAUGGGACAGACUUCAUAGAUGUGCCCAAAAAUGUUGAGAGGAAUACAUCGCCUCCCCGAGGCAUUUUCGCGAAUAUAGACUUCGAUGAAAUCAACUCUUGGAGACGGAAAGAACCGGAAAAAGUUGCUGAAGAACCCACUAAAAAGAAUGAAAGCAUUCAUAAAUUUAAUAAAAGUGUUGGUAACCCACCUGAAGAGAAAAAUGAUGAAGCCAAUGAAGCCAUGUACGGACCGAAGAUUCCAGAAAAUCUACAGAAAAGACUAGAAUCUGAAGUCCAAAAAGAUAGUUUGAAAGAAACUAUAGAUGUAGAUUCCUCGUCAAGCGAGGAUUCCUGGGUCGACAUCAAAGAAGUAAAGAAUAAAAAACAGAAGAAAAAAAAAUCUAAAAAACAUAAAUCUAAACAUAAGAAAAAGUCUAAAAGUAAAAAGAAGGAUAGAUAAGUAGUAAGUAGUAGUUAAGGAAAUAGAUGCAUUAAACAUGGAUGAUUCUUCAAAAACAAAUGGAAGCACGGAUGAUAUUAAGCUACCACGAUGCUUAAUAAAGCGGGAGGAUAAUGAUUUGUUGAAUAAAAGGUAAAGGUUUUUGAAGAAACACCCACUUAUUCACCACAUACCAACGUUCGUCUAAAGUCUAAAGCUAAAUCAUUCUGAUGCAUUUUCUAGUGAAUUAAACAAAUGUGUAAGUAACAA